UUACCCUAGGUUCACAUCUGUGCGGGUGGUGCCGUUGCGGAUCCGCAUGAAAAUCCAUGCAGCCACACCACCCACACAGAGAAAUGCGGACUCGCGGGUGCCAUUAGUUCUCACCCCCCGGUUCACACUGGAAAAUGCAACCAGACUGGGAACCGAGGUUCCCGUGCGGGCUGCGUUUUCCAAAGAAGUGCAGGGACUUUUUCCCUGUGUGUUAUGGGCACUGGAGUCCAUUAAAAAAAAAUGGGCUGUCGUGCCCAUGCAAAGCGCGGCCCGUACGGCCGCAUGUAUGUGAACCGGGGGUCAAGCUGCCUCCAGCAUUGCUGUUCCCGAUUA